GAUGAAGUUACGCAACUUGUUGAGUUUCACUUUUAUUUCUUUAAACGUCCCUGGUUUCGUGAACAGCACGGAUGAUUUAAUUAACACUGUAUCGUUUAAAACACGAACCCGAAAAGCUUUUUAAAUACUGCUCUCCUAUGGUUGCUUUCAAGGUAAAAGUAUGGCUGCCCUAGAUGCCUCUAGAAAUAUAAAAGAAGCCGAGGAUGCAGCUCGAAUGCUGAGUGACGCCAUCAACUCUAGAGACAAAGAUGAAGCGACCAAGUACCUGGAUCAACUUUUGGAUCUAAAACUCCCAGUGUGUGUCAAAAUAAAUCCUGAAGCAUACUCUAAAGACAGCAUCAGGUUGAGGGUAGGAGUGGCGGACGCCGUGUCAGAUGCCCACAUCCCAAUAACAGUGAUGGUACCAGUUUACAUGACAAUAUCAGAGCUGAAAGAAAAGAUCAAUCAAGACUAUGGCUUCCACCCGUCCCUCCAGCGCUGGGUGAUCGGGAAGCGCCUGGCCCAGGACAGAGAAACCCUGUAUCAGUAUGGGGUCAGAAACCACGAUGAUACAGCAUUCCUCUUCAUCCUUUCCCCCCAGGCUGUCAAUCUGAGCCGCGAACAAGAGAGAAAAGAGAAAGAGGAUAGACGGAUCUAUGAUAUAAUCGAGAUAGUUGAACGUCCACCUCAUCGCCCACCAGAACUCGUUGCCAGAGGAGAUAAUCGCCCUCCUCUACCUCCCAAACCUCAGCCAGUUGGUUGGUCAUGUCCUGGUUGCACGUUUGUGAAUAAACCAACACGUCCAGGUUGUGAGAUGUGCGGUACAGAAAGACCUGACAACUAUAAUGUACCUGACAUAUACCAGCCAGAUGAGACAGAAACCAGGAGACUCCAGCAGGAGGAACUGGCCAGACUGCAGUACGAGCAGUCUAUGAAGGAUGAACGGGAGAGGAAUUUCCAAGAACUCCUUGAAACGGAUUCCCACAGUCUGGUGGGGAAUGUGGAAGAGCUGGAUUGUGCCAUCUGCUUUUGCACCAUCAUGCCAGGAGAGGGCGCUGUGCUGAGAGAGUGCCUUCAUAGCUUCUGCAGGGAAUGUCUGAAGGAAACAGUUCUGAACUGCAUGGAUGCCGAGGUGGCUUGUCCUUACAGAGACCACGCUUACUCCUGUAACAGCAAACUUCAAGAUCGAGAAAUCAAAUCGCUCCUCUCCCAGGACGAGUACCAGAAGUUUCUAGAACUGAGGCUGAACAUCGCAGAGUCGCGCAGUGAGAACAGUUACCACUGCAAGACGCCCGACUGCGCCGGCUGGUGCAUCUUCGAAGAUGACGUGAACGAAUUCAAAUGUGGCAUCUGCAACGAGACCAACUGUAUCCUCUGCAAGGCUAUUCACAAGGGAAUGAACUGCAAGGAGUACCAGGAUGACCUUCGCAUUCGAGCGCAGAAUGACGACGCAGCCCUGCAGACCACACAGAUGCUGGAUCAACUCCUGAAGAACGGCGAGGCGAUGAACUGCCCCAAAUGUCAGGUGAUCGUCCAGAAGAAAGACGGCUGUGACUGGAUCUGCUGUCUGAUGUGCAAGACCGAAAUCUGCUGGGUGACCAAACAAGCCCGAUGGGGACCUCAGGGUGCUGGAGACACAUCGGGGGGUUGCAAAUGUCGAAUCAAUGGAGUCCUUUGCCAUCCAAAAUGUCAGAACUGCCACUAAACACUGAUUCCACGAGCAAAAACAUGCGCUACAGCAACAAAACACUUACAAAACUCCUUAUAAUAAUCCAGGUGGGGUUGAUGUGAUGCAUACAGUUUGCACUUAUAGCUUUAAAACAUUUGCUCAGUCUAGUUAUAUCACUGGCACAGUCAUCUGGAUGUCACGACUUAAUAGAUAUGUUCUAGGACUAAAUUUACAGACCGUGUUUACUAACUUAAAAAUAUCAUGGGAUAAUAUAAACGAAUGAAAAAGUGACAUUUUUAAAAUAUACGUCAAACUGUCUUAAAUCACUACUGGCAAACUGAUGCUCUCAGACUUUGUGCAAUGAUAUUGUAAGAGGAAAGCAUUAUGGUGCAAGAAUAUUGUUUUUUUUUAAUCCAAAGAUUUUUUUUGUGUGCACGAUCAUAGCAAAAUAUGCAAUAUGGAGCAAUGAAGGAAAAAACACAUUAAAGAAAAAGCAGAAGAAAUGCAGCAUAGUAUGUAAUCAAAUGCAUAAUUUCACAUUACGGAUAUAUUAAAAAUUAAUACUGAAAAAAAUGUCGUCUAAUAAUUAGACUAGGUUUUUUUUCCCAUAUUGCAUUUUUUUACAUGUAGAAGCAUUUUCAUUCUGUUGACAAUAUGUCUUUGUUUACAAAAUUUUAUGAUUCAAUAAAGCUGGUGUACAGUUCAAUUAUUUAUUCAUUUUUUAUAAACACCUUUAAAUAACCUCUUAAAAAGAAGUAAUAAUUCAUAAAACAAGCAGUGCAACAUGAAUUGAAAAGAACAAGUAUUUUUGACUCAAAUGAUUUAUCUUUUCUUUUUAUUUAAACAUAUUUAGCAACAUGGUCAAAUGUGACACAUUAACAUGAGAGAACCAAAGACAACUUAAGACAAUCUCUCAAAAUGAAAAAAAUGAGCAAGAAGCGCAUUCUUUAGUGAAAUCUAGUAAUGCAUAAUAAAAGCAAAAGCAGUAGUUGUGUUGAUUGGCAGAGUGUUAUUUCAAAAAAUAUUGAUUCAUGGAUUUUUUUUUAACCAAGCAGUGUUGGAUGUUACUUGAUGUUACUUUGAUGUGGUUUAGUGGAAACGAUCAGUUGUGAACAUUUGAACAACAAAAAUAACAACGUGCCAUGAUUCAACACUGAGUUCGAGAAACUAUUGUUUACACACUCUGUUGAUCAGCUGAAGUUAUUCAGAAGUGCUUUCAAUUCAAUCUCGAGUUUCAUGAGAAGGGCACGUUAUGUACUAGGACUGGCACUUAUCAUAAAAAAAUACUGUAAUUAAGGUGAUUCGGAGAGAGAAAAAAAACCCUGCAAUGUAGUGGAAAAAAAAACUACUUCAAAAAACAUUAACAUGCAAAUUACGAACAUAAUAAAAAGUCGUUUCGUUCACUGCAUACACUUAACAAAUGAGAUUCGUACCCAUCAGGGGUCCUGGACCAAUCAGACGCAAUAUCGAAUUCUACAAACAGGUUUUCUAAAAAUAUUUUGGUCUCUAUUUAUUUGUAGGUUUUCAAUGUUUGCAAAGCAUAAUAAAGAACGUGGGGUCUCGAUCAUGAAGCACAAGUUGAGCAAAUUUCUGCAAAAGCAAUUUUUGUGAAAUUGUUGAUUUUGAGGCAAUGGUUGUUUUUCUUUAAUGUUGUUUUUGUUCGUGAAUUUCAAACAUAAAUUAAUCGCAAAAAAAUCGUCAAAUGUUUUACAAAGGACUUGACAACCUUCAUAAACGCACAUAUUUUUUCAAACGUUAAAUGUUUUUUGAGCUUGAAUUUUAAAACAAAGACUCCUUUAAUGAUUUUAUGUAGUUUAUAAAACAUUCUUAUGUAAACUGUUUACAUUACAUUUUAAUUUCAAAGCAAAAAUUCUAACUAUUGUUAAUAAAUUGUUGUAUUCAAUUUAGUAAAAAAUGUAUUAUGAGAAAUGCACAUGAUUUUUAAAUCGUUGCAGUCAAUUUAAUACAACAGUUUAUACUUUAUUUUGUAUCAUUAUGAACGUGAUGUCAAGGCAUUCUUAUGUAAAUUGUCACAUUCACUUAAAUUUGAUAAUUUUUUCAAAACGAAAACUUUGUUUUACAAACAAUAUACUUCUUUAAUAGGUACAUUUAAAAAAGAAACUUUAAAUUAUCGUUACUGAAUGGUGGAUAUCAAUUCAAUGUGACAAUUUAUAAUAAAAAA